AUGUCUACUGAUACUUUUGCAUUUGCUUUUAAUCCUUAAAAUAUUGAUAAUAUGGUUAAUAAGGCCAAGAAAAAUUGGAAAUUGGUUUAUUUGAGAUAGCUUUACAAAAUUUUGAGAGUAAAUGAAAAGAUAAUUAAGAAAGCUUUAUGGCUUUGGAGAUAGAUAUGAUUCAUUUCUCAAUUCAAUUAUUAAUAUAGAUUUUAUUUAGAUUUGGACAAUAAGUAUGUUAUUAAAAAAUUCAAUAUCGCCCUUGUACCUUACCUUAAUGUAGGAACUUGGAUUUGAAGUAGUCUUUCCUAUAAACAUUAGAAAGUUUAAGGGUGUUUAACCAACAGAGAAUGUUCAUGCACCUGAUAUCUAUUACAUUUGA